UGUUUUAAUAUAAUUUCCUGUUUCUGUUUUAGUCUGUUCAUUUAAAGUAUUGAAAUAACAACAAAAUAAAAAAAAAAACAAUCAAGCUUCCAGUGCUAGCUGCAUUAAAAUUGAAUCACAAAAACCCAUAAAAGCAUUUCACAGGCCUUUUAAUAACAUUAAAUGUGUAUUGCACUGGCCCUGAAUCAAAUACUUGCCAACAGCAGUGACAUCACAUGGAAUAAACACAUUUCUUUGAUCUCGCCAGUGUCAGCAUGCUUCAAAAGAAAAGUUGUCCCAACAGGUUUAACCAAGUUCCUGAUAUAGGUGUCAAAAUGUUAAUGUACAUCUAAGCAAAACCCUUGCAAAUAGCCUAUACUUGCUUCAGUAUCCAGUACGUCCUAGUUUUAUGACCUACGAUAAUGUGGAGAUACUCUCUGGAAAAGUAAAACCAAACCAAAAGAAGUUGGAGUUAGAAGUUUCUCUGAACACAAGAAGUAAACACUAUUCCAAAAGUAAGGGGGAACAGUUUGCUCUGAAUGUGGAUGGUAGAAAUCCAGAUGCUACUGCUGUCUACAGCAGUAACAUGAUGGACAAGCAGGUAUUGUUGUCUCAUGCAUGUGGAACAGACAGUGGAAGAUACGCCGUGGGUUACUUCAGGGAUGGGGAGUUGUACCUGAGUCCAGUCCGUGCCCAGGUUCAAAUGAAGCCGAGCUUUAACUACCUGGACAAGUCGGAUACACGAGCAGAGAGUAAAAUUGCUGCUCAGGAAGGAGGUGACUCAUCACAAGAUGAAGGUGAAGAGGAAGCUAAGGCCGUCACCGUGAAGUUUGCUAGACCAGAGUCGGAUUUGGCGAAGGCUAGACGUCUAGCUUCCUUUGGACACAUGAAGAAAAUGCAGGAGGAAGAAGCUUGGGUCCCUCUCAGAUUUUCUAACACUUAUACAGAAUCCUCGGAGCGAGAGCUGAGAAUGUUGUCACAGAAGAGUGGAGAGUCAAGCAAUGAGUUUCACGUGGAAUCCACAGAGUAUCUUAAAAUGUUGAUGUCACAUGCUGAUGAAGUGCAACAUGAGAAACCUGCUAUGCCAAACAAUGUCCUCUCUUUGACACAGCUUAAAUCAAUGCCACUGAGUGAUCAAGUAAAAGCAUUGCUAACAAAUGCAAAGGUGAUACGUUUCAAUCAACUUCUCCACCUACUGCCACAGGGAACAGACCCUCAGGCUACACUUCGUGCAAUACAGAUUGUGGCUGUCCUUGUCCAAGGAUGCUGGGUAGUUAAAAGUGAAGUCCUUUAUCCUAAAGAUGGUUGUAGCCCGAAUAGUGGAAUAUCUUCAGAACUGUUGUGUCGAGGUAGAGACUUCGUGAUGUGGCGAUUCACAAUGACUCGAUGUGUGACGAGGAAGGAGAUAGCCUCCAUUGUGAAACUGCCGAGCGAGGAUGUGAAGGAUAUACUAGAGCAGAUGUCACAUAUCAAGGUGAACCACGGCUGGGAGUUUGUGUUUGAACAUGAUUAUGACUUCACAGAUAGGUACCCAGAAAUAGUUGAGAGACAGAACAUGUUGUGGGAUGCUAAAUUUCAAACACUUAGUAAACAGCUGAAUAUUUCUGAAGCGCAUGAAAAGAAAAUCAGAGAAAUUGCAGCAGCUGAAGCCCAAGCAGAGAGACCACGUCGGCGUAGAACAUCGCGCACAAGAAAACGGACAUUAAGUGGACGUUCAAUCUCGGACCAUAGUGAUAUGGAAACUGAGUCAUUUGAUAUAGAUCAGUUGUUGAAAGAUAAUAAAACCAAAUCUGUCGGCCAUAAUCAUAACAGUGUCUUAAAUGGUGCUACUAUGGAAAUUUCACACGACCACAAUGACAGUGAUAAAGUCUCGGAAGAGUUUAGAACAGAACUUAGAGGGUUUAUAAAGGAGAAGUUGUAUAGUAGAUAUGUGUUGUCAAUGAGUGAGUUGAAACGUUUAUUAAACAUGAAAUUAUCUCAGGCCCCUCCGGGAUAUAUUCUCAGUGGGAGAGUGACAGAUGAACUAUGUGAGCAAACUGUGAUAGAAAUUGGAGGAAUAGUACUUGCUACAAAGUGGCAAGAGGAACCAAUGUUUAUGUUUUCCAAGACAGGAGAUGAACUAGAACCUGUUCGUACAGCAAUUUGUGACUUGGCAAAAACUUCAAACAGGAUGGUGAAAAAAACUGUACUGAAGAAUGCUGAAGCUAUGAGUGGAAAAACAUUCACAGAGAACACCGUGAAAAAUGUCUUAAGAGAUUACUGUGUGAACAAGAAUGCCCAGUGGUAUCUGAAGUGCAGUAUCGACACAUCAUCUUGACAUUUACUCUUGUUUUACCUGUAUAAAUGUGACCUGAAUAAAUGUGACUGUUUGCAAAGUAA